UGAAGCUUCAUUUCUCAACAGUGUUUCUUCCCCCUUUUGCACAUUCAUCAGAACCAGCACCUCCCAAGUCCCAAUUAUUUCUCCUGUUUCUUUUUCCAUAUUGAUUGUUCAAAGGAGGUUCUCAUCUUUCCAUUAAUGAACAAAUACAAAAAGGAGGGUGCAGUGGAAGAAAAAGGAAAAUCAGUUACAUGCAAUUUGAUCUAGUGUCAUAUCUCCUUUCAGCCAUAACCUGAAGGAAGCCUUCAUCUUCAAAGUGAGGUCCUCAUCUCAAGUGGGUAAUUUCCGAUUUGUGCCCUUAAAAACUGUAUCUUUAACCUUAAGCCAACAACAAGAGAAUUCUUAGCACUAUCUUUGAGGUUAGCAGCUACCAGACCACCAUCAAGCUGAGGUCAAUUUGGACACCAACUCAAGAUUGACACUUUACCCUUCCUCCACUUUCUAUGGUGCUUGUUCUUCUUCCCUUUUUCUUCCGUUCUUCUUUAUAGCCAAGUUAGGUAUCAGUUUCCUCACCAAAGUUUUCAGCUUUUUCUGUCAAACUUCAUUUCUCUCUCUAAACCCAUAAUGAGUGUGUUCUAUCAGGAAGAGCUACCCCCACAAAACCCAUCAAAGAAAUGCAAGUUCCUCCUGGUUUCAACUCUCAAAGAUGCCUUCUCCAUCUCUCGAUCUUGUGGCGGCCACAUAAGCCCUCUCCAGCAGCAGGAUGAGGAUUAUGUUCCCCACACAACAACUGAACGGGAAGAUGAUGAACAUGAAGUUGUCGUGUCAGCAAUCAGGAGCAGAGCCAUGGAGAAGUCGAAGUCGAAACAGAAGGUGUUUGUUAUCACACACAUCUUUUCAGAGGAACUGUUCUUUAGCCCUGAGAAGCAGAGGAAUGGAGGAGUUGAAAAGGAAGAGGAAUUCUUCUCGGUUGAGAGCUGCCUUUCGUGUUGUUCGAGCAGGGGCGGAGAAGAGUUCUUGUCGGUGAAGACAAACAUGUUGUCGAGGUGUUCGAGCUUUAGUCAGGUGGAAUUCCCGAGUUUUCAGAGGCGGGUUUCUAUUUUGCAGGAGCUCUGUCGUUGCGAGGGGUGGCCGUUUGGUCUCUGUAGGAAGGCUGUUUUGCUCCCACCCUUGCCUAAGUCUCCCUCUGAGUCCUGGCUAUGGAGGAAAGGCACCAGAUCAGCCAGGUUGCCGUAGAAUCUUUGCAGCUUGCAACGAACAUGAAAACCUGUUGAAGAGUUUGAGAAUAAGAUGGACUGCUACAAGAGGAUGUAAAGUUUCUUGUUCUGUCAUGUUGUGUCUAUUCCCAUGUAUCAGAUUCUAGAUCGGAAAUCAAUAGUUCAGUCCUUAAUCCAUUGCACAUUAAACCAGAGUUCAAACAUCAACAUUCUACUUCUUUGAGAUAGUUUUUUAAACGAUCUGCCAAGGGAGGAGGGGAGAACCAAGAUAGUUAU